AUGGUGUCGGCGCCUUCCAUUGUGCCGUCGAUAGUGCCUCAGCGCGCGAAGCACUGGUAUGAUUGGUUUGCGGAUGACGACACACCUGAGGAGCGGAAGCUCAUUGUCAAGCUGGACUUGUUGAUUGUUCCAUACGCGUUUUUGGUCUAUUGGUUGAAGUAUCUUGAUCAGGCAAACAUCAAUAAUGCUUACGUCGCCGGUCUUUCUGAUGAACUUGGCUUCCAUGGGAACGAACUGGUCCAUCUCCAGACGAUGUACACUGUCGGCGCCGUCGUCGGACAGCUCCCAUUUGCAUGGCUGUUCACGAAAGUCCGGAUGCACUGGCUGCUCCCAGGAAUGGAUCUCGCAUGGGGAGUCUUCACUCUGCUGCAGUACCGGGCCAAUGGCUAUUCCGAGAUGAUGGCAUACCGCUUUUUGGUCGGACUCUUUGAGAGUGCAUACUUUCCGGCAGUACAUUUCGUCCUCGGUGCUUUCUAUAGAGGCACGGAAUUGGGUCGCCGAGGAGGAGUGUUCUACGUCGGCCUAACACUCGGGACUUUGACUGCCGGUCUGAUCCAAAGCGCCGCAACCAGCACCCUUGAAGGUGUCCACGGUCUCUCAGGCUGGCGCUGGAUGUACAUCAUCUGCUCCUGCAUGACCUUCUUCAUGGGCAUUGUUGGCUUCUUCAUAUUCCCAGGAACACCUGACAUGCCGAACAAGCUAGUCCUCAAUGACCAUGACAUCGAGUUGGCCAAAAGACGUCUUGAAAAAGACGGCCCACGUGCCUCAGGCCAACUUACCUGGCGCACGGUCAAGAGCGUCCUCACCAGGAAAAAGUUUUAUUGCAUCCUUAUCUGGUGUAUUCUGUUCUGGAAUACUAGCAUAAAUACGUCAAGUGGCGCCUACCUGCUCUGGAUCAAAAGCCUGAAGCGAUUCUCAUCCGCAACCGUCAACUCACUCGGAGCAACCGCGCCAGCUAUAGGCAUAUUUUAUGUCCUAUUCAUUUGCUUCGGCGCUGAUCUUUUCCUCGGCCGCGCCGGUGCAAUUACGCUGUCGUACGUUUGGAAUUCCAUCGGCAUGAUCAUUCUCUGUGUCUGGCACGUGCCCGAGUCGGCCAAAUGGUUCGCGUUCAACACAUUUUACGCGUCUGUUGCCAUGUCCUCAGUGCUCUACGGCUGGGCCAACGACAUCAUGCGCCACCAUCCGGAUGAACGAGCAUUCACACUGAUCGCGAUGAAUACCAUUGCGCAAAGCACAACGGCGUGGACGCCAUUGCUAGUGUUCAAGACAGUCGAGGCACCCCGGUAUCCGAAGGGUUAUCCGUUUGUGCUGGCUUGUACUAUUGGAACUAUAGGGAUGACCUUUGUUGUCAGGCAUGUGCAUAAGAGGGAGGAAGAACAGCGGAAACUGAAAACAGAAGACAACCACAUCAUGAUCCAGCUAGUCCUUGCAGCUAUCGCCCUGAUACUAGCGUACCUAAGAGCCCUCGUCUCGGCACAGAACGAUGUCAGCAUUCUCGGGACAACCCUCCCCCCAGCCACAACGACAUCCAAGGAUAUCUCAGCCGCAACCGUUGGCACUUCAACAUCCACAAGUGGUCCAGCCACUAUAGCCAUCACAGUAAACAGGGUCUCGAAUAUGUUCGUCCCGGAGAAUAUCACCGCACAGGUGGGCGAUGUCGUUAAGUUUGAAUUCUGGCCUACCAACAACUCCGUCGCGCGCUCAGACUUCGGAUACCCAUGCAUACCGUACGAACUCACGGGUACCAGUCGCGCUGAAUCGAGCUUUUGGUCCGGUUUCAAACCUAUCGUGGCGAAUCUGGCACAAGUGAAUAUCACAGAACUGCCGGCAUAUUACAUAGUCAUCAACCGUGUCACGCCUCUCUGGUUCUACAACUCCGCACCCGACGCGUGCAUCAAGUACCAGAUGGUUGGGGUAAUAAAUCCAACAUCACCCACCCAACUCGCCGUCCAAAAACGCGCGGCAGCAGCCGCCACCCUGGCCCUCAGCCCCGGCGAAGCCCUCCCACAAGGCUCUACUCUCUCCUCUUCCUCCUCCUCCACCCCCAACGCCACCGCGUCCGCCACUCCCACAUCUACCCCCUCCUCCUCCAAAUCCGUUUCCCCCGGCGCCAUCGCCGGCAUAGCCAUCGGCUGCCUCGUCUCCUCCGCGCUCGUCGGCGCGGGCAUCUGGUCGCUGCGGCACUGGCGGAAGCGGCACAUACCGACGGGGCACGAGAGGAAAUGGGACGGUGGUGGCGGCGAUGACAGUGGCGGGAGUAGCGGGAAGAUGUACAGCGAGCUGGAUGCGACGACGCCGCGGAGUGCGACCGUGUCGGAGUUGCCGGGAAGUGGGGAGGGGACGAUGAUGAGCAUUGACAGUGCGGUGGUCGGCAGUCCGUAUGCCGUCAGUCCGCCGUGGACGCCGCCGCUGGUGUGGAAUGCGCAGACGGGGAGGCAGGCGGUGGUGAGUGAGUUGAGUGCGUAUGGGGAGUUGCGAAAGGAUCAGGUGCCGGGUGUACCGCCGGAUAAGCGGUUGCCGCAGCUGCCGGAGGUUCAUAGAGAAAGGGAAGGACCGUUUGAGCUUAAGGGUUAG